UCGUUCGACCAGACAGCUCAGAUUUCUAGACAGGUCUGAGCUGAAACAAUGGCACGGCCCUACUCUCUCAGUCGGCGGGAGAUCACACUCGUUCUGGCCUCCGUCAUGAUUUUCAUGGUCUUCUACAACUUCGAGGCGACUUUUGACUUCUUUGCCAAUCCCAACGUGCCUACCAUAUUCUCAAGUUCCACCGCUGAUAGCAGUGAUCUCGACAUGGACAUAUACGGGGACUGGGAGUCUGACGAGAGGCACAUAUCCAGCGUUCAUAAGCAACAAGAGGAGAAGGAAGAUGCCUCAGACGGAGAUAUAUGGUUAAAGACCGAUCGUAUAUCUGAGGCGCAGAAACAAGUCAUCUUUGGAAACAUCAACGUUAAUGAUGGCUUUAUGCAUUGGGGCAGCGACAUCCCUCAAACUCGACUAGUGAAACACGUCGCUGGAUUUUCGAUCAUGGACAAUGUGAUAAUGUGCAACGGCACAAUUUUCAUUGUGACGGAUUCCCCUUUAAACUUCCCUUCAUUGGAUGCCAUUGCAUCAUCUGCUGAAAGCUCGUACGAAGCACCGCUUCCAAGAGAAUGGGAAAUGCUGUCGACCAACCAAGCUAGAGAUAUCCUUGGUUCAUACGGUGGAUUUAUUCAAGGCGCGAGUUGGCUAUCGCAUGACGCUAUUCCGAACAACUACACUCUUUUCUCGCUCUGGCGGACCCACAGCUCCAUGAACACAUCAACGUCUCCAGACCCUUUCAAUCCGCCACGACGACUAUUCUUCCCGAAUAUUCCUACUUACAAAGGCAUACAACCCGACCUUAAUGGACCCAUCAUUAGACGCCAUCGUUCGGACAGUGGGUUUCAUCCAUAUCUUCCCAAGGCCGCUUUUCCAUUGCUCGGGUUGAUGUAUCAAGAAGACUGGGAAGAUUAUGCGCUCAUGGAAGUUCCUUUUGUUUUCGAGAGGCUGGUUAUUGCAGAUUUUGGUGCAGCUGCACGUUCAACAAACAAUGAGCCUCCAUUCGCUCUCCCGCUUAUCGGCCUGAAUGCGUCGAAGGAAUGGUGGGAGCCAAUUAGGCAGAAUCUGGCCAGGUUUUUGCGUGUAAACCACAAUGCACAAAACCCUAAUAGCAGACAGGAAAAAACGGUAGUCACUUACAUAUCUCAACAAGAUGCCAGAAGUGGUUCAAGGCUGAGGAGUGCCGACCACCUCGCGUUGGUUAGCGCUCUCGAAACGUUGCAUGAGAGCAACGACUUCGAGGUCCACAUAGUCUCUUCAGAGGGACACUGGACAGAGAGAAUGUCAGCCGUCGCCCAGUCUACUGUCAUUCUGGGUGUUUACGGAGAUAGCCUCGCUGACAGCGUGUUUAUGAGGCCAUCAGGACACUCAAUUCUCAUGGAAUUUUUCCCCUCCGACGUCUUUACUCGCGACGCAGAAACGGCGGUUCGUUCCUUAGGAAUUGAUUAUAUGGCCUGGUGGAAUGAUCGGCGGUUCGAAAGUGACAGUCUUCCAUCCGUUGCUCCAGGGAGUGAUGUUGAUCACGAUGUCCGGGUCGACCCUACUGCAGUCGUGCAUGCCAUCCUGGAAGUGGCUAGUCGCACAUAGAGAUUACGGCGAGCGAUGGGAUUUAAUUUCCGGUCGUCUUAUGGACAUUAUAUCUGUACAAAUAUUGUGUCAUUUUGAACUUCUUCACCUGGACCGCCGGGUGCACCCUUGGAACGUGUUCCCACGGUGUGUGAGACCCCGAU